CAGCUCCAGACCCGCGCGGGGCGGAAACCGUAUCGGAGCAUGAGUAUAUAAAGUCGUAGGGAGUUCAACUGAAAUCAAGACGUCUCUCGAGGUGAUCUCUCAGAAAGAUCGCAGAGUGAGACAUUACCUUUUUAAGAGUUCAAUUUAGAGCUGAGAGUUCACAACAGAUUCGGAGUCCAAGGCAGCAGCCAGAAGUUUAAAAUGCUUCGUGUCCGAGCCCCAUUUCGAGUUUCUGCACAUGCUGUAGCUCCUUCCAACCCCUGCGUUACUCCCUCAGCAUCCACCCGGUCCUCAGUAUGUUCCAAAUCUUCUUCAUUGAUGGGUACCGCGGUCCAGUCUGGACCUCACGAGAAUUCCAUGUCACAGCAGCUCCCGCAAGGAAAUGGCAAAAGCCUUCAUCCAGUGCGAGCGGGCCUCAGAGAUCUCGUUCCAGAUCAGAUGAAUCUCCUCCAUCAUAAGAAGGACCAGGUGAAAGUUGAAGGGGAGAUGCUCAUUUCGAACAGGACAGUCCUUGAUUUCGACAACCCGGUAGCCAGUCUCGUAGAUAAGAAUGUGGACCUCCUCGGAUUGGGAAAAAUUCAGUUUCAGCUAGUCAGUGAGGAUCUCGACAAAAACGGGAAGCCCAAACUGACCAACGCUGCCGUGGUGAAAAACUACGCGUUCUCGGAUAUAUCGCCGCUGGCUGGUCAGACAAAGUACAAAAUCAACUUCCAAGUCGACCCUGAUUUCGGGAAAAUCGGAGCUGUUGUGGUCAGGAACAAACAUCUGAACGAGUUUUUCCUCCACUCGUUGUGUCUUAAACUGGACGGCGGCGAAGUAGUCGACUUCUUCUGUAACUCUUGGGUCAAUCCAGAGUCAUAUGAAAUGCAGUUUAAAGGCAUAAAAGGGAUAAAUUACACUCCUCUACCUGACCGCGUAUUCUUUCUCAACAAGGCAUGUCUUCCUGAAGAUACACCAGCAGGUCUGAAAGGUUACAGAGAAGAAGAUUUGAAAUACUUAAAGGGGACUGGUAAGGGAAUGAGAGUUUUUUCUGACAGGAUCUACGACUAUGAUGUGUACAAUGAUCUGGGUAGACCGGAUUCCAGGAAUCCCGUCAUGCGACCUGUCCUGGGCGGCGACAAUCUCCCCUACCCCCGUCGGUGCAGAACUGGGCGAGGAUAUAGUAGCACGAAAAAUCCAGCAGUGCCCUCAGAUCCUCCGUCAGAGAAGGAGAUGGGUUCAGACGGCAUAAUAGCACUCGGUCCUUUGGUAGGACUCUUGGAUUUCUACGUUCCUUGCGAUGAGUUUUUCGGUGGAGAGAAAACGAGUGCGUUUUUAGCAGUCGGACUGAAGUCUGUCGCCCAUACUCUUGUUCCACUUAUUAAAGGUCUCUUCACGGGAGACAGAACCGCCCACUUCGAUAGUAUACAAGACUUUAAAGACUUGUAUGCGAAGGGUGUCAAGUUAAACACGAACCAAGAAGCUAAAGACGGUCCCCUCGUCUUCGUUGAUUCGCUCUUCAACGCCGCUGGCGAUGACAAACGCGUCCUCAAAUUUCCCGUUCCUCAAGUAUUCGCGAAUAGCGACUUCGGUUGGAAUGAGGAUGAGGAGCUUGGUCGUCAAACCCUGGCCGGGAUGAAUCCAGUUGUCAUCCAAGCUUUGACGCAAUAUCCUCCCAAAAGUACCAUGAAUCUCCCGGAGGACGUGUAUGGUCCCAAUUCCGUCUUGACAGACGAACAGAUCUUGCCGUAUUUGGAAGGACUCAGCGUGCACGAGGCAAUUGAUGCCAAGAAGCUGUUCAUCAUUGAUUAUCAUGAUCCUUUUGCCGUUUACCUUCCCAAGAUACUUAAAGGCAAGUGGGGAGAUAAAAAGAGAGGCUACGCUCCAAGAGCGAUAUUUUUUUACAACAAGGAGGGAGCCAUGAUGCCCAUCGCCAUUGAGCUCUCCAAGCCUGAAGGAAGUACCUUCAAGCACACAGUGUACACCGCACCAUUGAGAAAGGGAGACAGAAAUCCCUACUGGGAUUUAGCCAAAGCACACUUCAGUUCUAUCGAUUUUGGUUACCAUGAGCUCAUCAGCCAUUGGUUGAGGACGCAUGCAGUUAUGGAGCCAUUUGUCAUUGCAACUCGAAGGCAAUUGAGUACAAUGCACCCAAUCUAUAGUCUUCUGAUCCCUUGCUUCAAGAACACUAUGAUGAUCAACGCCGCAGCACGAGUAGCUCUCAUCAAUGCUAAUGGAAUUAUUGAGAAUUUCUUUUUUCCUGGAGAAUACUCUAUGGAAAUGUCAGCCGUCAUGUAUGGCCUCACCUGGACUUUCGAGAAGCAAGCUCUACCCAAUGAUCUGGUCUCAAGAGGUAUGGCGGUGCCAGACGAAACAGAGAAAGCGGGUGUAAAGUUGGUCAUAGACGACUAUCCUUUUGCCGAGGACGCACUGGAUCUAUGGGCCGCUCUUCACGACUGGAUCACCGAGUACGUGAACAUUGCCUACAAAUCAGACGAAGCAGUCCGAGGCGACAAGGAGCUGCAGGCUUGGUGGAACGAGAUUGUCACAGUCGGCCACGCUGACAUCAAGACAGGAUGGCCUAAGGCAAACAGUAGAGCAAGCUUGGUCGACAUCUGCUGCACCAUCCACUGGAUCGCCGGUCCUCACCACGCCGCCGUCAACUUUGGCCAGUACGCGUACGCCGGCUUCAUGCCCAACAAGCCUUCCACAUGCCUCCGCUGGAUCCCCGAGGAGGGCACUGCCGAAGCUCAAGAGCUCGAGUCGGAUCCAUUCCUGUACCUGCUGAAAACUAUGCCGACUGAGCUAAUCGCUCUUCCUAUCAUGUUGACAGGUGAGGUACUAGCGCAGCAUGGUACAGACGAGGAGUACCUCGGAGAUCGUAACGACUUGUGGACUUCCGAUCCACUCGUGCAGCAGGCGUUCAAGAAACAUUCAGAGAGAAUCGUAGCUCUCCAAAGUGAAUUCGAGAAGAGGAACAGUGAUUCAACGAAGAGGAACAGAUCUGGGCCGGUGAAGGUCCCUUACACUCUUCUGUACCCCAAAUCUGGCCCCGGUUUGACCGGUAAAGGGGUCCCCAACAGCAUAUCCAUCUGAUAGUAACCACAUAAUCUGAGGUUUAUCAAACCCAGGAACGGUUAUUAUCAAUCUUAAUCUCAAUCUCAAUCUCAAUCCCAACGUCGGGUCAAUAGAUGACAGCUUAAGAUAUACUUGAAAGUCGGUUAGCAGGCACUCGAAGUUUCACGUAGGAGGAUCAGUCUCUAGGUUUGUAGAAGAUCAGUACGCAUCUGAUGUGCAUAGUCGCGUUGAGAAAUCAAAUAUGAAUGUAUAUGAAUUUAUCACGCAGGUCCACCACAGUUCCAUAUCA